UCUAGACUAAUCAGAAUGAAGUAGCUGAACCUAAAGGAGUACAAAGUAAAGGAAGCCACAAUCUGAGAUCACUUUACUGAAGCUAAAGAAAGCAGAAAUCUUAAACAUCUGGGCUCUGUUUGGACGCCUAUUGGACAUCUUUUAAAUUCAAAAUCGCUUGCUGGGAAAUGGCCAUGGAUAAUCCAGUUUGCCUCAUUGACACAGAGUCAGAUGGGAAGCUGUGUGUACAGCAGUCAGCGCUGCAAAUCCUGCAGAAGAUCGAGCAGCCGGUGGUGGUGGUGGCUGUGGUCGGUCUCUAUCGCACUGGAAAAUCCUACCUGAUGAAUCGACUCGCCGGGAAACAAACAGGAUUUGCACUGGGCAGCACAAUUGAAUCGAAGACGAAGGGCAUCUGGAUGUGGUGUGUGCCACACCCCUGUAAAAAAGAAACCACUCUGGUGCUGCUGGACACUGAGGGACUCGGAGACGUCGAUAAGGGGGACUCAAAGCAUGACACCAACAUCUUCUGUCUGGCUGUGUUACUGAGCAGCACUCUGGUAUACAACAGUCGAGGGACGAUUGACAACAGGGCUAUUGAAGAGCUGCAAUAUGUUACUGAACUAACAGACUGCAUUAAAGUCAAAUCAUCAAAUGGGGAUGCUGACGAUUCAAUUGAGUUUGUGAAGUUCUUCCCUAGUUUCAUCUGGGCUGUAAGAGACUUCACCCUUGAGCUAAAGAUUGAUGACAAAGAUGCAACAGAAAAUGAAUAUCUAGAAUUUGCUCUCAAGCUGAAACAUGGCACUGGGAAAAAAGUGAUGGAGUACAACCUGCCCAGGGAGUGCAUCCAAAAAUUCUUCCCUUCAAGGACAUGCUUCACUUUCCCGUUUCCAACUGCUCCAGAGAAUGUAUCUCGCCUGGAGAGCUUAAAUCUUGCUGACCUUUCACCUGCCUUCCUGAAAGUUACAGAACGUUUCUGCGAGUUUGUCUUUCAGGAGAGCCAGACAAAGAAGCUGAAAGAAGGAUACACAGUCACUGGCAGGGUUCUGGGUCAUCUUGCAAAAACAUACGUGGACACCAUCUCUAGUGGAGCUGUGCCAUGUCUGGAGAACGCUGUGAUCGCUAUGGCAACGAUUGAGAAUGAGGCUGCAGUGAAAGAAGGGCUUGAGGUCUAUCAGAGUGGAAUGGAGAAGUUGAAGAACUCCUUUCCUUUGGAACUGAAGGAUGUGUCCUCAGAACACCAACAGCUCAGCAACCUGGCAACACAAACCUUCAUGAAGCGUUCAUUCAGGGACACUAAUGGGACGUACCUAAACUCUCUUGAGGAAAACCUUAAAAAUUCAUUUGAGAGAUACCUAAGCCUAAAUGAGCAAGCUUCAAAGAGUAGAUGCGAGGAUCUUCUGUCAUCCCUGACUGUAGAAAUGACGGAAAACCUUAAGCAAGGGCUCUAUGCCAAACCUGGUGGCUAUAAUCUCUACUGCAAGGAUCUGGAGGACAUUGUGCAAAAAUAUAACAUCCAGGCCGCAAAAGAAGUCAAGGCUGAAGAGGUCCUGGAUGAGUUUCUGAAGCAGAAGUCUGUGGAAUCUAAAGCUAUUUUGCAGGCUGAUAAAAACCUAACUGAGAAACAGAAAAGGAUUAAGGAGGAACAAGAGAAAGCAGCCCUCUUGAACCAGGAAAUCAAAGCUAAAGAGGAGAAACAACGGCAACUUGAAGAGAAGAUGGAAGCAGAGAAACGUAGUAAUGAAGAAAGGAUGAUACAGAUGAAGCAGAAGAUGGAUGAAGAGAUGAAACUUCAGAGAUUGGAAGCUGAGCGUGCCAUGGAAAGUAAACUGAAGGAGCAGGCGGCUCUGCUGGAGAAGGGCUUUAAGGACAAGGCAGAUAUGAUGAGCCGAGAGAUAGAUAUGUUUAAGAGACAGAGCUCUGAAGCUGAGAGUAAUCGAGCUAGAGAGUUUGCAAUGAUGAUAGAGAACUCCAAGAAGAGACAUGAAGCGUCAAUGGCUUUGAUGAUGCAGCAACACAGAGAACAAAUGCCAGCCAUACAAAGCAGACCCCCUCCUCCAACUGGAGGUGGAUGUCUCAUCAUGUAAAGGGAAUAAAUUUAAUAAUUGUCAGAGGCAUGUAUCUGCACAAUGCAAUUACUGUAAAGGUAUACAUUUACAAUUAAACAGCAUAGUACUGAUCUCUGUCCACAUGAAACUUGGAUGACAAAGGAAAUUUCACUGUACAGGUUUUGUAUACAUGACCUACAGAUGAUUGAUCAGAAUUACAUGCAUACACAACAUUGCUAUUAUCUUUAUUCAUAAGCAGUGACCAAAUACUGUUUAUUGGAGGUUUAGAUAUUUCUUUGGUGUUGGAAUACAUAAAAGCAUCAAAUAAA